AUUUGCUAUCAAGUGCAUUGUGACACAUUUCGAACCCAAAGUCUAUUUUAAAAAAAACACCCACACACAUUUUUUUUUCUUUUUCUUUAAUCUCGACCCGUCAAAGAAUCGUUGCAGUAGCGUUCUCUCUUCCUUCCUUCCUUUCUUUCUUUUUGGACCUUUUUUUGAGAAAACAAAAGAGAAAGUGUUUGCUUGAUGGCGUCGAAUCCGAAUAGAGCAAGCAACAACAGUGCUGCUGCUGCUACAAAACGGCGAUCGACCUUGGCCGAGCUUGGCAUCAAGCCGUUGGGCGCGACAGUCGCGCCUGCUUCUUCACCCAAGAAACCUACACCUGCACCAGCUCCUGAACCCACUACUGCUGCUACUGGUGGUACUACCGUUAGACGAGCAGCAAGUACGACACGAGCUUCCAAAACACCAGGGACUCGAGCUUCUAAAACGCCUGGAACAACAACACGGCCACGACCAUUAUCCAUGGCAGGUACAGCGACAUUAUCCUCGGGAUUAUCCUCAUCAGGAAGUGUUGGUCAUCGCACUGCCCCAUCGUCUCCGACAGUUCAACGAUCGUCGAGCAAACAAGCACCUGUACGCAAAACACCUGCUGCUAUCAACACUGCCAAAGCAGCAGCAGCUUCUCCUCCUAUUGGUGGUGCUCCCAGAACACCUACACCAACAUCAGCAGCAAGGCGUCGGUCCAUGAUAUCGACAUCGGCAUCUUCUUCUUCAACAUCCUCCUCCCAACAACCAGCAACAGGACAACCUUCACCCUUGUUACGUCGUGGAUCGACAGCGAAACGCAUGUCCUCACCUGCUGGACCAUCGCCUACUGCAUCCUCGUCGACGUCUAAACGAACCAUGGAACAACUCAAAGAACUCCAGAAAAAGCUGGCGGAUAAAGAAAAGACUUUGGAAGAAAAAGAACAAUUCAUUCAGGAGCUGCAAAUGAAAUUGACAGAUAUGUCAGUUUCCGACAAAUCGUCUGAUCCUGCGACGCCCUUGUUGUCUUCAUCAUCCAUGUUGAUCCCAUGCGAUUCCUCUGUAGAGUCUGAGCGUGCAGUAGACAAGGCUACUCUGCAUGAAGAUGUAGAUAAGAUUAAGCAUGAGGUUGUAUUUGUUGUAUAGAAGGAUCAAGAAACAUUAAAGGCUGAAAUUCGCCGUCAGGUGGAUGAAGAGGUCAGCGCUGCACACAAGAGCGCCAUGGAUCUUCUUAUUGAAGAGCAGGAGCGCAAGUGGCAAGCAGAGAUACAAGGUAUCCGUAGCGACCAUGAGAAGGCACUGACGCAACUCGAAGCCAAU